GCGAUUCAAGUUUGAGUUAAAGCAGUGCGUCGAACGAAUUUCGAAUUCAGUAGCAUGGUGAUUGUGUGAUAAUUAAAAACAUUAAUUAAUUACGGCUUAACUGUUGUGAGACUCGAGACCGGCACGAUUUUCUUGCGUUUAUUAAAGAAACUGUUAACAACAAACCAAGCAUGUUUGACGACCUGAAGAGCAGGAUUGACAGGGACGGUUAUGCGGUUAUUGAAAAAUUCCUAAGCGAUGCUGAAGUAGAGGAACUAAAAUGCGAAGCACAAAAACUGAUAAAAAACAUGCCGGAAGAGUCCAAUAGGACUGUGUUCAGCACCGUGGAUUCUGAGGCGCAACAGAACAAAGAUAAAUAUUUUCUGGAUAGCUCCGAUAAAAUCAGCUAUUUCUUCGAAGGAGGAGCGUUAGGUCCCAAAGGGGAGCUGUUGGUGGAGCCGGAGAAAUCACUAAACAAAAUAGGACAUGCCCUCCACGCACUCAACCCUGUUUUCAGGAAAGUAACAUUUUCAGAACGGGUAAAGGAGGCCGCAUUCCAGUUGGGAUUCGACGAUCCGGCUGUGGUGCAGAGCAUGUACAUUUUUAAAAAUCCCGGCGUUGGAAGUGAAGUUACAGCCCAUCAGGACGCGUCUUACCUUCACACUGAACCGGUAAAAGUAAUUGGUUUUUGGUUCGCACUUGAAGACGCCACUUUGGAGAACGGUUGUUUGUGGUUCUCCCGAGGCUCACACAAAGGCGGCGUGCACAGAAGAUACAUCAGAAAUCCGGAUAAAAAAUCUGACGAAUUGUUAAUUUAUACCUCACCACCACCCUACUAUCAAAAAAGUAGUUUCAUAGCGACUCCAGUACCAAAAGGAUCCUGCGUUUUGAUCCAUGGGCAGGUUGUUCAUUUUAGUGAACCCAACAAAUCUAAGAGUUCUCGUCAUGCAUACACUUUCCAUAUUGUCGAACAGAAAAACACAAAGUACUCUGAUAAUAACUGGAUUCAACCCAAAGAAAAACCUUUCAUGAGCUUGUACAAAAAUUGAAUUGUUAAUUAUUAAAUAAACCGUUAUAUUUUUAUAAA